AGCAGCACAUGCACACGCGCUUUCCGUCUCUUCUACCUCCGUGUGUGUCACCCACCCUCGCGAGCCCGUCUCCCCCUCCUCCCUGAGCAUGUGGGUACGGAUGGAUGGCGCACAGGCCCGUCUGAAAGGACAAUAAAGCGCAAAGAAGCUGUUGAAAUGGAGGAUGAAGAUGGUACUUGUUUAUUUGAUAUUUUGUGUGACCCUCAAGCUCUGAAUGAUUUUCUUCAUGGGACAAAUGAGCUGCCAAGUGGAGACUUACUCAUUAAUUCAUCCUCUGGAGAGCAGUCACUCUUCACAGACACUCCAAGCCCUGCGUCUCUGUUAGCAGAUGAUGCUAGUUCUCAGGACACUCCUGUCUCUGGCUGUGUGGAUCUCUCCUUUCUGGAGGAGGCACUGCUGGCAUCACCGGGAUCCUCACUUGGAAGUGGAGCUCCAGAGGUGCAAGAAGAUCCCAAUGUCCAACUAGUGGAACAGCAGAAAGAGUCAGAAGAGAUCUGUGACUUUCUCCAGCAGAGUCUCCAGGAGGCUGACAUCACUCUCGCAUUAGAGGCAGGACUUGCCCAGCCAGUAGAAACUCUCCAGUUUGGUUUGUCUGGCACAUCCAUUCCUUUGCCUUCAACACCCUAUUUCUCCAAACCAUUGACCCUUCCUGGCUUAAGCUCUUUACCAAAGGACACCCAAACAGCAGUGGAGCCUCCUCAGCCAUCUUUGUUAGCUGUUGGCCCAGGCUGCCCCUCACUCAAACCUCCAGGAACACAGUUAAUAAGUCUACUUCCUGGGAAUGUCUUCCCCGCACCUCCACUCGAGGCAUCCUUUUCAAUUAAUUCAGCACAAAGCACCAGCAUGAUUAUCCAAAAGACCCUACCAACCCGCCAGAUGUUGGCCUCCACCGUUAGAACAAUUACCCCAUCAGGGGUCAUGUUACAAAAAAACCCUCUACCCAUUCAGCCUAAGUUACCAGUCAGCAUCCAGCCCAGGCUCGUGCAGAUCAGUUCCAGGCCAUCAGGACAGAAACCAUUGCCAGGAUUUGCCUUCAUCUCAACAAAUAUGUCACAGAGUGUCUUGUUACCCCCUUCUGUUGACUCAAAGCAGUCCUUACAAGCACAGUCCGCACCAGGUGUCAGCAAACCUGUUAGCUUGAAUCUGGUUGGUCAGGGAGGCCCCAUUGUCAUUCAGCCCCAGGAUCCUUUUCAGGGCCAGAGACAGUUCUUUCUGCCGAGCCAAACACCUGCAACUUUGUCCCAGUCUACCAGCAUCCCAAGGUGUAUUCUUAGUACACCAAGCAAUCAGGUGUCUAACAAACCCAAUGUUGACAAUUCUCAUAUUGUGACUGUACGGCCAAGGCAAAUCAACUUCAGCCCUAUUUUCACCUCCCCAACUGGACAGCUCACCCUAAAACAAGGGGCUCUUCUGUCAGGGUCCUUACCAAUUCGGUCAACACCUCCUACAGUCUUCCAGAUGCCAACACAGCUAGCAGGGACCUAUGCACCUCAAGUGCAGGGGCAGCAUGCGGUAGUUCAAAACACUGUUGGAAACCAGAUCACUUUGAUUAAUAAUGCCAAAAUGUUUAUUCCUGAUAUGACCACCAUACCAAUAGAAAGUGGUCAGUCUAUGAUACAAAGUCUGCCUUUGGUGCCUCAAGCCCAAAGUGCUCAAAUAAGUGGACCUGAGGCAAAGGCGUGUCUUACCCAGAAUUCAGUGCUUCUCUUGCCCGAGAGAACAACAGAAGAUCAACAGGAGAAAGUCAACAAACCGUUUCAAGAGAGCAGAUUGCUUCCUCCAGCUUCAGUGGAAGCACCUGUUGCAGAGAUUCACCCUCUGCCCUCUCCAGUAUCAACUCUACUACAGUCAUCAUCAGAUAUUAGUUUUACCCCUGAGACAGUGUUGUCAUUAUCCCCCCAGCUGAUUACCCAGACAGGAGAGCAACAUUUUACUGAAGGGGAGCAUAACUCAUUAAAUCAUAAUCAGGCUUUAGUGCAUCCUCCCCAACAGUAUCCACAAAAACCGUCAGCCAGCCAAGAUCUCUUAGCUGCAACUCUGCUUGUGCAAAUGGACAACCAUAUCUCUGCUGCUGUAGGUGAAGCUGAGGACUCGCUCACAUCAUUGACUGCAUCGGAGACUUUCUCUUCCUUGUGUGAGAGUGAAGAGAUUCUUAUGACAACAUGCCAUGGUUCAGAGCACACAGAUAUUCUAUUGCAGUCUCCUAUUGGCCAGUGCUCUGUAAAGACCCCAGACACAGACUCCAUGAAGGGCUCAACAACUCCAGUCUCAGAUGAGCAGAAUUCCUCUGUGUUAAUUGCUCCUGGUGCUGAUCCCAAGUGUCAUGGGGGGCCAGUAAUGAGUAAGAGCCCUUCCUCUUCCUUAGAGAAGUUGUUUAUGUAUCCGGAGCAAUUGGGCCAAAGUCAUGUGUUAACUGAGCUUAGCAGAACCUCAGAGUCAACAGACCAUGAGUACAAGCAGCAAUACGCUGAACAUGACACAGAGCUCACAGUCCUGAGGAACAAUGGGAUAAUCUCUUUGAAUCAGCGUGAGUUACAGGAGAAGGUACAUCUUGGGCCCAGGCUGCUUGCCCAGGACAAGGAGACCUACUCAACACUUCAGAAGAACCAGACUCCAACUGCAAGUGUGGAUCCAAAAGAGGAGAAGCUGAGACUAACAAAGAGGCAACACAGGUUCAAACAGCAGCUGUUUUUGGACCACAGUGCUGUUCUCAACCCAAACACUUUGGCCCCAUUUGUUUCGGUGGAGGAUGCUUUGAGACAUUUGUUGCCGUACCAUACUUGUGCUAGAGCUCUACCCAACCAGGUUGACUUUAUUUCAGUGGACAAGCAGUUUGAGUGCGUUUCAGUCGUUCUCUUGAAACGAAUCAAAGACAUGCUGAACAAGUACAGGAAACUUCUUCUGACUGAAUCCCAGCAGGAGAGCCCAUCAGCAGAGAUGGUGAUGCUAGAGCGUUUGUUUCUCCAGUCAGAGAGAGUCUCACUGGUGGAGGACAGACGCAAAACCAGAAGAGAUCCAGAGUCCUUCCUCAUGUCCCGUGCCAAGAACUCAUCUCAGCAGAGCCAAGUGCCAUCAGUCCAGACUGGCCUUGCCGGUUGUCCUCCAUCUCCACCAUCAUGGACCUUGCAAUCGGACAGACCUCCUGGCCUCAAGACAUAUCGCUCCAGCAGCAAAGGAGCAAUACGCCUCACUAUCAGACAAGAGUCAGGAUCCCGCAAAGUUAUCCACAACUCAUGUGAUGCCUCACAUGUGAUCUCUGGGUUUAAACGAAACUACAGCGGGCAGUUAACUAGAGGAGGAGCCAUGCAGGGGAAAGAUGAAUCUCUCAAGUCUCCUUUGUCAAUUGUUGCAGAGGACAAAAAUGAUCAGAGGCCAGAUCAGCUAAACAAGAUGAAAUUGCACCUUGACAUGGAGACAAUUAGGACAGGCAGUGAUUCGCAGAACCUCUCUGAUUCUGUGGCCACUCAAGACUAUGUAGCUCCAAGGGUGCAAGGCUUGCUUCCAGAACAGUGCACUCCAGUGCUUAAAAGGAACAAGCUGGCUGCUUCGGUAGCAGAGUAUCCCAGUUCGCCUGCAUUAGUGGAAGACGGGGAACUGAGUGAACAUCUGCAAAGUGCUUUAGACAGCAUCCUGGAGCUACAAAGGUUGCAGGGAUCUGUAGCAGGGAUUAAACCCAAGAUUCAACAGCCUCGUGCACUGGAUCAGGCCGUCAGCAGCAUGCUAGGACAACUAUAAGAUGGAAGAGCAAGAUGAUUAAAGGACAAGCCUGAAGAUUCAGGAUAUUUGGCUUUCACAUCCCACGAUCCACAUUCAGCAGUGACUCAUUUUUAUUCAUUCAUUUUCCAGAGGAAGAAAGUCCUAAUUAUUUAUUGUGUAAAUAGAGUAAAUAGAAUCUGGAAAGUUUCUUGAAUCUUUGAAACCUUUUUGUGGAGAUACAUUAUAGUCUUAUAGUCUUCUGUCAGUUUAAGACAACUUUAAAAACACAAGUGCAGUUUGGCUAUAUGUAUAUGCCAUUUUGAUGUGAAUGUGUCUAUAACAAGGUUAUUUCUCUUUUGAUGGGGACUUUGGUUUGCUUGACGUUGUUUGGUUGUUUUUAAUAGAUCUUUACCAAACUCCGGAGGAAGCAAACCAGAGUACAUUUGGAAACGGCAGCUUG